AUGGCUAAAUUUUUACAACGUUUCUUUAGUGGGGGAUCAUCAAGUAAUAAAAGUUCAUUUCGUAGUUCACAAACAUCAUUGAAUAGUAGUGACAAAUCAAGACGAGGUGAUGGAGGAAUUGGUGGUAGUUUACAAAAUUUAUCAUCAACAUAUCAAGUUAAAGCAAAAGAUUUAGAAAAAAAUAAAUUACAUAAAGCCUCGUGGGAAGGAGAUUUACAUAAGGUGCAACGGUUGAUGAACCCGGGUGUAAUCAAUGUAAAAGAUAAAGAUAAUCGAACUCCUCUUCAUUUGGCUGUUGCUGCUGGUCAUUUGAAUAUUGUCAAAUUUUUGGUAGAAAGAAAGGCUAAAUUAAACUUGGCUGAUAGUGAUCAGCGCACACCAUUAGUAAAAGCGGUAUUAUGUGUUAAUCAAAAUCCAACACUAAAUUGCGCAAUUAUUGCAGCAAUAAUAAGCGGUGGUGGGGAUCAGUUUAUAAAUACCGUCGAUAUAAAUGGAAAAAACGCAUUGCAUUAUGCGGUUGAAACUAAUCGUACAGAUUUGGUAGAAUUAUUUAGACGUCAAGAAGGAUGUGACAUCAACUUUCAAGAUCGAAAUUCUCAAACACCAUUACAUUUGGCUAUAAGAAAUCAAAAUUUACAAAUAAUUGAUCAAUUGUUAGAGGCAGAUGCUAAUCCAGAUAUACAAGAUCAAAAUGGACAAACACCAUUAAUGUUUGCAACAUCAUUAAAUAAUAUUGAGAUUGUUAAAAAAUUAUUAAAUGCUGAAGCCAAUACACAACUUCUAGAUAAUCAACAAAUGAGUGCCAUGGACAUAGCCAAAAAACAUCGUGAUGAUAAUUGCGCUCAAUUAAUUAUUGAGUAUGAUAAACAUCAAAACAGUCAUCCAACUAAAAAGUCAACAUCUUUCAAUGAUCAACAACCAGUUGUUAAUCGAUACGGUCCAAUGCUGAGUCCUGCGACUGAUGAUAGUAGUAGUAGUGAUGAUUCAUCGUCAGAAGAUGAAACAAAGAUAAAAAGACAAAGACAAUCUGUUGCCGGUGAAUGGUCUGAUGAUAAUACAAUUUCCGCUAAUAAAGAACCACAAAGAGGAAUUGGCUCUUUAAUGAAAAACAUUCCAUUACAAUCACAAGGCGAGCAAAAAACACAACAAACACUUGGCUCUUUAAUGAAAAACAUUCCUUUGCAAUCAACAAGUGAGCAAAAAACACAACAAACACUUGGUUCUUUAGUGAAAAACGUCCCAUUACAACCAUCAAGUGAGCAACAAACACAACAAACACUUGGCUCUUUAAUGAAAAACAUUCCAUUACAACCACAAGGCGAGCAAAAAACACAACAAACACUUGGCUCUUUAAUGAAAAACAUUCCAUUACAACAACCAAGUGGACAAAAAACACAACAAGUGAAUAAUGAUAAUAGAAUUAGUACAGCUAAUUCUCAGAAACAAUCGUCAUCCAUCUUUGGUAUCGGACCCAUAUCAGAUCGAAUCAGUGACGAUACAUCCACAAGUGCGCAUUUUUCGGAAAAACCAGUGGUUACGGCAAAAAUAAAUGCACUAGUUUCUGCCACGCCGCUUAUUCCUGCUACAAAAACACAAUCCUAUUCUUGGUCAGAUGAUGACGACGAUCCAACAGACAAAAAAAAACCUCACACUAUUGCCCAUGUACAAAAUAAACAAAAAAGCGAAACAUGGGACGAGAGUGAUGAAUCAUCUUCAUCAUUGUCUUUAAAAGACAAAAAUCAAAUCGCUAAUAAAUCGGAUCAAUCAAAACUACCAAAAAGUGUUAUUUCAAAUUUAGUUACUACACAACCAUUCAACUUGAAUACAACAAGUAUGUUCAAAACAGAUCAACAAAGUAAACAAGCGUAUACGAGUGACGAUGAUGAUCCAGUUGAAGCAGCAAUAAGAAAUAUGGCUACACCAAGACAAACAUAUAAUAAUAAAACAAAUGAAAAUAGCUGGAGCACUAAGGAACAGUUAGCAUCGCAAAAUAACGGCACAACAAUAUCAAACUUAAUAAAUAAAAAUAUUACAGGUGGUUAUAAAGUUGUACAUCCUGAAGAUACAACACUAGUUAACGAUGAUAAUUCAUGGAGUACAAGUGCGACUAUUCCUAAAACAUUUCCUAAAACAUCGAUGGAUUUGAAAACGAGUCUUCUCACUCAUACUCCACUACCACAAGCAAGUUUACCCGUUAAACAACAAGAAAUUGUUUCUCCUAAAACAUCAGCUGAAUUAAAAUAUUCUCUCGUUCAUCAUAUGCCUAUGCCAACAGCUACAAGUCCAAUACUAGACGCGAGUGAAAAUUCAUGGAGCACAUCGACUAGUGGACACGCUAAAUCAUCAAUGGAUAUAAAAACAAAUCUUGUACAACAUGUACCGAUGCCCGAUAAACAACGAGCUAAAAGUGAUGCAUCAUCUACAUGGGAUGAUUCACGACCAUUGAGUGCUGAUUUAAAACGAGCAACAACAGCACCAGUUCCACAAGAAGAUACUAUUACAACAUUUAAAUCAUCUAAAAAAGAUUUAUUUAAUCGACAACGAAGAAGUUCACCAAGUUCUGAUGAUUCCAUUGAUGAACAGAAAUCAACAAUAAAACCGAAUGAUAAUAAUAAAAGUGGUGGUAUAUCAAGUUUAAUUCAAAGUUCAAUGCAUCCAUUAAUUUCGAGUCCAAGAGAUGAUAAUAAAAGUGGGGGGGUAUCGAGUUUAAUUCAAAAUUCAAUGCAUCCAUCUAUUUUGAGUUCAAGAGAUGAUAAUAAAAAUGGUGGUGUAUCGAAUUUAAAUCAAAAUUCAAUGCAUUCAUUUAUUUCGAGUCCAAGAGACGAUAAUAAAAGUGGUGGUAUAUCAAGUUUAAUUCAAAAUUCCAUGCGUCCAAAAGAUGAUAAUAUUAGUCAUUUAGUUGGAAUUAUGGAACAUAUUAUGAAAAGUAAAGAAACAGUGCCAAUGGGAAGAUUUUUCAAUGGACUGGGUACUCAGUCAUCUUCAACAACACCCACAAACCAAAACAGGACCACAUUGUCGAAACUUGUUAACAAAGUAGACCGUAAUGCUUCAAUAUCGUCUAUUGAUAGUAUGGUGAUGGAUGAUACCGUAAGAACAGUAAAUUAUAAAACAACAACAACAGUUCAAAGUAAUAUGAGUGAUUUACAAAAACGAGAUGCACCAGUUAUGUCAACAACACCAAAAACAAUGAUGAAAACACGUCAACGAAAAAUGUCAGACAACGAUGAACAAGAUGAUGAUGAUUAUCCGAUCGGUGAUGGUCACGAUUUCAAGUUAUUACGUCAACACUCAAAUGAAAUGACUAAUUCAUAUCAACAACAGUCCAAACAUCAUAUGCAUAAUCAAAACGGUAGUGGUAGUCGUAUGUAUGAUACCGGUUUACGUAGUUCAGUAUCCUCGUCAUCAUCAUCAUUUCGUAAUAAUGAAAAUAUUGAAAAAAUUAUUGAAUUACGUGAAGAUAUUCGACAAAUUGAGAAAAAACAAGAAGAUAGUUUAGAAUUAAAACGACAAUUAAAAGAUAUGGAGAUAAAAAAAAAUAAUUUUGAAGCAAUGUGGAAUAAAACACAACAAUUACUAGCUGAAACAGAAACAAAACUGGAUCAAGAAAAGCAAGCAAAAUUAAAACAAGAAUGGAAUACACGAAAUUUAAAUAAUGAACUCAAAACGGUUCGUAAUAAAUUACAAAUGAUUGAAGAUGAAAAAACUACCUUACAACAACGCUUUACUACGUUAAGAGAUCAAAAAAUUGAACUUGAAGACAAAUAUGAUCGUUUAAAAGCUCAACAGCAGCAAAACUCAAUGCAUAUGUCUAAUAGUAGCUCGACAAAUGGUAUUGGUGGUGGUAUUCUACGUGAAGAAGAUAUUGAAAAAAUUAAAUCUCGUCAUCGAGAAGAGAUGAAAUUAUUAUCAUUGGAAAAUGAAGAUUUACAUCAACGCACAAAACAGUUACAAUCUGAUUUACAACUACAUAAAGAAUCUUUGGAUGUCACCGUUCGAUACAAAAUUGAUUUGGAAAAAGCGUGUGAAGAAAAAACGUAUUUACAACAAGAACUCAAUCGUUUCAAAUUAGAAAAAGAUUUAAUUGAACAAGAAAAAUUUGAAUAUAAAACAAAAUAUGAGAGUCUUCAAGAUGAAAUACGUCUACUAUUGUUUGAUCGAUCAAAAAUUGAGCAAAAAUUAACAGCUGAAAUACAAGAACAAGGAAAACAACGGACAAAGAAUUCAGAAGAUAUUAGAAAAUAUAAACAACAGAUUGAACAAUUAAAUAUUAAAUUAGGUGAUAGUGAGGCGAAAAUGUUAAGUUUACAAAGUCGAAAUGAAACGUUAAUGAAAUCAAAAGAUAUGGAAUUGAAGAGUGAAUUUGACACAUUAACUAAACGUUUAAAUACAAUUGAAAAUGAUCAAAUAAUUGCUGAAAAACGAUAUCAAAAUGAAAAUAUACUUUUAACAGAAUUAACUCGUCAACAACAAAAACAAUCAAAUGAUAGUACCGUCAAUGUAACAAAACAGCAACAUGUAAAAAAAGAACAUCAUAGACACAGUCAACAUUCAAACGAAUCAACUUGUUCUCAAUGUGAUUCAUUGCAACGAAAUUAUGAACUUGAACGUCAACAACGUCUAUCUAUUGAAAAAGAUAAUGAACGUUUACGUGAAACAGUUCAAAAACAACAACAACAACAACAACAACAACGUUCAAUUCCAUCACAAACAGUCACUCAAUCAAAAGAAACUGAUGUUCAUUUGUUAACUGUUGAAAAUUCAAAACAAAUACGUAGUGAAACAGAACGUGUCAAAUAUGAAUUAGAUCGUUUACGUCAAGAUUUUAAUUUAUUAAUUGAUAAUUAUGAUCCAAAACGUGAUACAGAGACGUUACAUCAAUCAAUUGAUACAUUUCGAAAAUUUUAUGAACAAGAAUUUCGACAACGACAAUUAAUUAUGGAAAAAUUAACAAAUGAUAAUACAUCAAGACCACGUACAUCUCCAUCAUAUCCAGUUAUCUCUUAUUCUAAUGGUGGAGGUGAUUAUGGAAAUCAUUAUUCACAUUCUCCUUCUCAUGAUCAUAGUUGUCCGUCGAGUCGAUGUUCAUGCAUAAACAGUGAAUUACUAAAAGAACGUUUAGAAACAGCUAUUGACACAAGUCUAGCAGAUCAACGAAUACAUGCGAUUAAACAAUUUCCAUUACGAUCAGCAACAACAACAACAACAACGACAAAUGGGAUAGGAAACGUAUCAACAUUAAUGACAGAUUGUUUACCAUCCAACACUGUGGAUGAGACAGAUGAUAUACCCAUAAAUUUUCUAUUACUCGGAUGUGGUGAUAUUCGUCAUAUUUUUCAUACAUUAUCAAAAUUAAAUUCAUCAACAUCUUCUCGUCCACUUUAUAUAUACAUUAUUGAAAAUCAAUUAGAAUUGUAUGCACGUCAUUUAUUAUUAUUAAAAUUAUUAUUUGAAAAACCUCAUGAAGUAAGUAUUCAAGAAAAAUGUGAACUAUUUCUAGAAUUAUAUGGUAAUUUAAUGAUACGACCCUAUACUGAACAAUAUUUGAAAGAAAAAUCAAAAGAAUUAAUUGAACUUAUUACAUCUAUUUCAUCAAAAUUUCAACUAAAUAAAACAUUAACAAUUGAUUUAUCAUUAUUAAAAUAUAAAGAACGAGAUUUUCUCGAAGGUAUAUUGAAAUAUUGGAAAACAAAUGAAACAUCGACCGAUAAACAAUUAUUUCCAGCUAAUCUAGCAUGGGAUUUGAGAUUAAGACAAUAUUUAACUGGACGAUAUGAUACACGUCGAAAUGCUUUUGAUUGGGAUUAUAACAUGAAAUUAUUAUUACGUGCUGGUGUUCAACAUUUAAAUAUUCAUGAAUAUCAAGAAUGGCGUGAAACAGGUGUUGCUUAUCAUAUGCGACAAGAUUAUACCCAACCAAAUCGAACAUUAUCAUCAGUAUUUGUAUUUAAUAUUGAUGGAACAAAACAAACACGACGAGGAUACUGGGGCGAUAUCUUGACGGGACCUUAUAUAUCCUAUGGAGUACAGACAAUCGAUAAAAAUGAUGAAAUGGAGAAAAAAAUUAAUGAUAAAUACGCAAAAACAGCAACGGAUAUUUCAGUUUACAAUGUCACAUCAUUAUUGACAAAUUUGACAGAAAAAGAUGAUAAUAACGUUAACGAACAACGUCAAGUUAAACUCAUCCUGUUACCUUUGAAUAGUAUCGAUGAUAUAUGUGAAAAAGAAAGUUAUAAAAACAUAUUUAAAGUAAUUUAUUUAGGUUGUAGUUUAUCACACUAUCUAAAAGAGAAACCGUUAGAAAAUAUAAUGAAUAUGGACUGUAAUCUAAUAUUAGAACUACCCAAUUAUCUAUUAGAUUUAAAACAAGAACAAAUUGAACAAUUAGAAAAACGAUAUGAUGAAAUGGCUAAAAAUAAACAAUGUCAAUGGAAUGAAGAGAAUCAAAAAUAUUUACCACAAACAUUAAAAAUCUAUAAAAAUAAUCAGAGACUAUCAUAA